AGUUGAUGACGUCACAGGAGGAAAUGCCGACCACCAAAGAUCCAAGAGGAAAACGGCCGAUGAGAAGGAUCCAAAAGAAGAUCCACCAUUGAUUCUUCGACUUGGCCCCUGGUUUCUCAUCACAAACCACCUCAUACCUACCCUCUUCAUUCGUUGCUCUUGUAGGAGGCAUUGGCAAACUUUCAGAGCCAUAGUUUGCAGAAGGAGAUAAUAGUUUGCAGAAGAGGAGAUACUCCGGUUGGUGUGUCCAUUAUUCAAUUCAAUUCAACUCAAUUUCAACACGAUGAGCAUUCUUCAGGAUUGGUCUCGCAGUUUGUUGGUACUGCCGACGAGCUACCGGGAAAUUCGACCUCAUCAAUUGGUACUGGCGGCGGCUCUCUGGAAGGGUCUUCGUUCCACUUCGGUCUAUCGCAAGCUGGCCGAACAAGUACUCCGCAUUGCUUCGCAAUUGGCCGAAUCCGUGGGAGUUCCACUCGUCAUGUACGGAUUGGUACCGGAUUGGUUCAUUCGUUACGGCAUUCGCAUUCAAUUGCAAGAUCGAUUGAACAGUCUGCAAAUGGAAGGCGUCGAACAAGAAUUGCAAGCCAAACAAGAUAUUAUUCAAGAAUUGCAUUCCAUGCCCAUUGCCAUUGAAACCAAAGCCGCCAAUGAACAACAUUACGAAGUGCCCGCCAAAUUUUAUGAUCUCUGUCUGGGACCGGCCAAAAAGUACUCGUCCGGAUUGUGGCCCACCCCCAACACUACAUUCCCCGAGUCCGAAAUUCACAUGCUGGAUCUUUACUGCGAACGGGCCGGUGUCAAAGACGGAAUGAAAAUUGUCGAUUUGGGAUGCGGUUGGGGAUCUCUCACAUUGCAUCUCGCCAAACGGUAUCCCAAUGCCAAAAUUACCUCCAUUUCCAAUUCGGCCAGUCAAAAAGAAUAUAUUAUGAAUACCGCGGCCAAACGAGGAUUGAACGUGAACAAUAUCACUGUCAUUACCUGCAAUGUGGCCGAUGACAAGGGUGCCUUGGAUGUCGUUCAAGACAAUGAUCUCGUCAUGACGGUGGAAAUGUUCGAGCACAUGAAAAACUACAAUGAUUUGAUACAAAAGGUCAAGACGUUUCUCAAAAAGGACAGUGGCAAACUAUUUGUGCACAUUUUUGCCCACAAGGAUUUUGCGUAUCACUUUGAAGAUGGAUGGAUGGCACAAACCUUCUUUACGGGUGGGACCAUGCCCAGUGACGAUUUGUUGCUCUAUUUUGCCAAGGACUUUUCCGUGGAAAAGCAUUGGCGGGUGAGUGGAACUCACUACGAGCGAACAUCCAAUGGAUGGCUCCAAUUGCUGGACGACAGUUGGAAGAGUGGACAACUCGAACCGGUCUUGCGGGAAGCCUAUGGUAAAGGCAAGGAACGUGAAUGGUAUGUCAAUUGGAGACUUUUCUACCUGGCAUGUGCCGAACUGUUUGGGUUCAAAGGUGGAAACGAAUGGAUCGUUUCGCAUUACUUGUUUGAAAAGAGGUAGGAAGAAUACAACCGAGGUAGUAAAGCAAAACGUAGACACCACUCUGGUAGAAAGAAUACCGCAGUCCGGAUGGCAGUGUAAAGAAGGUAGAGAGAAGAGACUGUAGAGGAUGUAGCUAGCCAGGUGGUCGUUUCAUUUCAUGGCCCCAGCCAGGUGGUGUGUGACCGACCGCUGACAAUCUUGCUCAGAAGCAAUAUACUAUAGAUUCGAUGGUUGCGGGGCGGCAAGCAAUGACGUGAAGUUUGAUCUAAGCAACGACUUGAAUCUUGA